CUCAUUGCUACUGAAGCUUCUACAUUUAAUUGAUAUCCAAGUAUUUUUUCAACUACCAACAUGUCAUUAUGAUUUUAUCUGUAUCUGUUUCUCACCUAAAAAAUCAUUACCAUGUUUAGGCAAUUGAAAACUACCAUGAAAUUUAAUUUAAAUACCAAAUUGGUUUGUAUAUUUUCUUUCCUUCUAGUUAUCAUGGUAAUGAAGUAAAACAUGUAGUUUCACCUGAAUGAUGCAUCCCCCACUAAUUCUGCUAAGCUGUAAGGUGAUGUAUUCUGAGUGAGCAUUUGACUGAGCAUGUGAUUGAGUGUAGAAUUGAAUGAAAAUAGCAUGAGUGACAGGGAGAAGUCAGAAUGUGAAAUAUGCAUGGCUGAUGACUGUGAGAGUGAUUCUGUGUGGAGAUAUAGAACGAUGACAGUGUCACACAUGUGGGGGGCCAUCUUGACCAUUUCCUUUCACAUAUGUUUCAACUGCUCCCCACCUGUUUGUAUAUAUUACCAAACCAAAACCAGGAAUGCUAUAAUAUUCACAUGUAACUCAAAUACCAACCAAAACCAUCUCUUAAGAGACAUGGAACUACCAGCAAAGCCUAGAGCAUUCAUUGCCUUCCACAUCCUCCUCAUCCUCCUAAACCAUGCUUGCCUACUCCAUUCCCGAAACCUCCCAACUUCUCCUUCACCUGCACCCGCAGGUAUUGCCCCAGCAAGGAGCUUGAACCCACAUGAAGGAAGGAAAGCAAAUCCUAGGUUAGGUUCAUUUCCAGCUACAUGUCAAACAAAGUGCAACCAGUGCAAGCCUUGUGUGCCAGUUGAGGUCACAAUCAAAACAACGGCAGAGGAAGAGAAUCAGUACUAUCCCAUAGCCUGGAAGUGUAUGUGCCAGAGUAACAUAUUUUCACCUUAGGCAACACUUGCAUUUUACUUUUGCACUUCUAUGGUUGGCUGGCUAGUUAGUUCACUUGUGAUUAUAUUACCAAAGUUAUCUAAUAUCUAAACUAGUUCUCCUUCAACAAACACAUUUCAAACAGUAAGAUAAGACCGCCCUUCCAUUACUAGUAAAAGGUUUCUAUUGCAUCAAAAACAAACAUUCCUCAAAACAGUGAUGCAAGGAACUUGUGGGUGGACACAUAUAACA